AAAAACAAAAUAUUAUCAAAUCAAAUAAAAUUAUUAUAUAAGAUGGUGUGGUCAUUACCAUAAACCCUUGAGUUGAGUUGAGUUGAGAGGCUGAUAUGAACACGAAUAAUGCAUUCUUCACCAAUCCGAUUCUAAAUUAGGGUUUUAGCUCCCAACCACUCAAUGAUGACAAUGGCGACGCCCAAUUCUCACAACCCCAACGUCAUCUUCAUCGACACUAAUCUCGAUACUCACUUCGCCCUCACCGUCUCCGAUCACGAUUCCGUUUUCGACCUCAAAAAGAUAAUCGAGUCGGAACAUCCUUCAUGCUUUCCCAAAAUUGGACCAAUACAGAUUCAUGGGAUUAAGGUUAAACGUAACGGUUACUUUUAUCACUUAUCGGAUUCCAUGAUUGUGAAAAGUGCUUUUAGUAGUUUCAAUAAGACUUGGUAUCUUAGUGUUGAUGUUUCUGCAUUGGAAGAUUGUAGACAGAAUGAGAAACUGCUUUCUCAUGUUUCUCUUCAUCAGAUGGAUUCUAUUGGCUUUGCCAAUAAUGGUUUGGUUGAUUCCGGUGAUAAUAAUAAUAAUGCAAUCAUUUUACCGUGUAGUAACCAGUUGCAACUGUUGGAGAACAAGAAAGAUGAGAGGGAAGGAGUUUCUGUUAAAGAAGCACAGGCUGGUGUCAAAUCAUCGGGCAAUAAUGAAGUAACAACUCCAUUGCCUGGUUCAAUCCCCAAGACAGAUGACCGUAGUCAUUUGAAUAAUGAAGUUCAAAGUUUACGUAUGGAAUGCGAAGUAGAUGGGCUUGGUAAAGGAUAUAAGAAUGAUUGUAAUGUGGGUGUGGAAGAAUCUUCAAUAUCUGUGCGGAGUGAGAAGAGAAAACGGAAGAGUAAAAGGAAAAGAGAAGACGCUGUGGAUGUGGGAGGUGAUAACUCAAAAGAAGAAAUACCUUCUGACCAGCAGCAUGUUUCAGAGCACGUUGAAAAAGAAGCUGUGAGAAAUUUGGAGACGGUUCCAAGUUUAAACAUUGAAUGUAUAGUAGAUGGAUCCGGUGAAGAAAAUAAGGAAGUGCAGUCAACAUCUGUGCCAAGUGCGAAGAGAAGAAAGAAGAGUAAGAAGGAAAAAGAAGGCAUUGUCGGGGGUGAUAAUUCAAAAGAAGAAAUCCCUUCUGAUCGCCCACGUGUUUUAGAGCGCACUGAAAAAGAAGCUACAAAAUUUUUGGAGGUGGUUCCGAAUUUAUCUAUUGAAUGUGAAGUAGAUGGAUCCGGUGAAAGAAAUAAGGAUGAAGAUAAUGUGGGUGAAGAACUACCUUUAGUAUCUGUGCCAAGUACAAAGACAAAAAAGAAGAGUAAAAAUAAGAGCAAAAAGAAAAAAGACACUGUGGGAGGUGAUAACUCAAAAGAUAACAUUGCUGCUGUGAAUAAUCCCGCCGAUUGUCCAUCCAAAAUGGCAUCCAGUUUCAACAAUUUUCAGGUGCCUCAAUCAGAGAACAAACAGGAUGAAAAAGAAGAAAUCCCUUCUGACGGCCCAUGUGCUUCACAUAACACUAAAAAAGAGGCUGUAAAAAAUUUGGAGAUGGUUCCAAAUUCACAUAUUGAAUGUGAGGUAGAUGGAUCCAAUAAAGGCAGUAAGAAUGACUCUAUUGUAUGUGAGGAAGGAACUUUUAAAUCCGCACAAAGUUCAAAGAAUAAGCAGAAGAGUAAGAGUAAAAGGAAAAAAGAAGACACUGUCGGGGGUGAUGUCUCAAAAGAUAACAUUGUUUCCAUUGAUAAUCCUCUUGGCCAUCCAUCCGAAAAGGCAUCCAGUAUUAACAAUUUUCAGGUGCCUCAAUCAGAGAACAAACAGCAUGAAAAAGAAAUCCCUUUUGAUCUCCCACGUGUUCCAGAGCACACUGAAAAAUCUGUCAAAAAUUUGGAGAUGGUUCCAAAUUCACAUAUUGAAUGUGAGGUAGAUGGAUCCAAUAAAGGCAGUAAGAAUGACUCUAUUGUAUGCGAGGAAGGAACUUCUAAAUCCGCACCAAGUUCAAAGAAUAAGCAGAAGAGUAAGAGUAAAAGGAAAAAAGAAGACACUGUCGGGGGUGAUGUCUCAAAAGAUAACAUUGCUUCCAUUGAUAAUCCUCUUGGCUAUCCAUCCGAAAAGGCAUCCAGUAUUAACAAUUUUCAAGUGCCCCAAUCAGAGAACAAACAGGGUGAAAAAGAAAUCCAUGUUGAUCUCCCACGUGUUCCAGAGCACACUGAAAAAUCUGACAAAAAUUUGGAGAUGGUUCCAAAUUCACAUAUUGAAUAUGAGGUAGAUGGAUUCAAGCCCGCACCAAGUGCAAAGAAAAAGCGUAAGAGUGGAAGGAAAAAAGAAGACACGACACGAGAUGACACUUUGAAAGAGAAGGAUGUGUCUGUUGUUGUACCAGUUCAGCAUGAUAUUGUAGUCCUAGCCAACUCUUCAAAGAAUGCAGAUAAAGAAAUAAUUAAGGAAACUGAGGUUCUAAAGGAGCAUCAGAACACUGAAAGUAACAAUAACAACACCAAGAAUGAUGGUAAUGUUGUGUCAAUGAAGGAGGCUUCAGAACUCAAAUCUCCUGUAAAGAAGAAGCAUAAGAAAAGCAAGAGAUCUCUAAGUCAUAAUUCUAACGAAACUUCAAAGGUAGAAACAGCAUCUCAAAAGGAUCAAGCACAGACGGCUGAUGGAGCUCACAGGGAAAGGAAAGAAUCAGAAGAUAUCGUUUUGAGCAAAACAAAUCUUGACAAAAUGGAGAUUGAAACAGAUGCAUGCAAAGAAAGCAUACAGUUUACAACAAAAGAAACAGGAAAUUAUAAGAACCAAAGUGAUAUUGAAAUGGAAGUACAGCCUUCUGAUGCGAAUGAGCCCAAGGAUUUGAUGGAGGAUAACGCGAAUGUUGUUGGUCGUUUUCAUGAAAGUGAAGUUGGUCAAAUCAAGGGAGCUGCGGAAGGAGAAGUACCACCACAAAAUGAUGACGUGAGUGGAAUGAAGGAACCUGUAAAACCGAUGAAAGAAAAAAAGGAGAUAAAAAAAGUUAAGAAUAAAGGUGGAGGACAGACACCUAAAAAAGAUAAUGGCCUUGAAGAUGCUUUGGAGAGUGAAACUGUUGUUGCCAAGUCUCUUAAAGCCACCGUUUGUGAUGCUAUGCCAGAAAAUACCGAGACACAGGAAAAUCCUCUAAAUCAAACAGAAGGGAAAGUAAUGCAGCAGGAGGAAAUACAAGGUUCUGUUCUUUCUGUGACUAAUAAGGGAGGUGAUUUUAGCACGGACAAUGCUGAUUCCUUGGAACAAACUAAAACAAAAUCGAAUGCCGAAAAUGUGGACGAACAUGUCAGUAAGAGACUGAAAAAGAAACCAAAUAACAAACAAUCUUCUACCCCAAAGGGCACAUCAGAUAUGCUAACAAAUGGUCAUGUUUUUGAUAGUAAGAAAGAGUGUGAUGCACACAAGAUUGAUAAGGCACCAAAUGCACACAAGACUGGACAAGUUCCAAUAUUGUCUAGUCUGUCUGAUAGUGCCAUGUCCUCAAUUGGUGAAAAUAGAAAACCUCGUGGCAAUGCUUCUGUGAAAAAUAUGGAUUUGGAAAAACAAAGGGAACACAUUCCUAUUUUGAACAAAAAGCUUGAAGGUUCCAACAAAAUGGUUGAAAAUAAAGCAAGUAAAGCUUCUGGGAAUUAUGUCACGAGAGUUGUGAGUAACUCGCACCCGAAGAAAAGCAUGUUAGACGGACCAAUUUUCAAGGCUGAUGAUAGCAGUGCAUCUGAAGAUGAAGAUGAAAAUAAGGUUGAUGAUUCUGAUGCUAGCACUAGAACUCCAUCUGAUAAUUCCCUCGUAUCUGAUUUUGACUUUGACGGGUAUGAUAGUCCAGGUCUGGAUUCACAACAAAAUGGUACUUACGAUGGGAAAAGGCUGGAAAAUGAUGAAAGAAGUCCCUUAAAAGCAAGUUUGUUAGGCCCAACAAAAAUGUCAAUUAAUCGUGUUGUUCUAAGCUCAGCAAGGUAUAAGAGGUCCAAACUUAUAGCCUCUCAAUUGGAUGAAACGCAGUCUCCAGAAUCGCAGGAAGUUGUUCCAGACAGCCUUGCUAUGUAAUCACAAGUUUCAGCAGUGAUAUUUUUGUUCUCCUCUGUAGCUGGUAUGAGGUGUAUCAUUUACAUUGCACUUACGGGAGGGUUUACGCCAUCUUUUUACCUUCUUUCCAAAUAGUGCUGAUUUUCUUUUAAGCUUGUUUAUGGAUCAUGCCAGUGAUUUUUGUCUCGAGUUAAGUUUAUUAUUAUACUAUAUCAUUCUGGUAUAUUAUUAAACGAAGAACAUCAAUCGAAUUUUGUUGUAGAAAGUUUGAAGUGAAUGCCAAACCAUUAUGUUGCGCAUCAAUAUAAUGUGAAUAAUAUUAUGUUAUUUGUGGAA